UGCCAAGCUCCCAUACAAAAAAUCUAUCCCGCUCCCGCAAUUCGCUUUCGGUGCCUACAGAAGCCCCUAUACUCCCUUCGAAGAAGAGAAUUUUAUAUGAUGGAUUCCCAGGCUUCAAAUAUCGACUCUCAAAGCGCCUCAAAACAAGCCGCCGAUGCCCCGCCAUUCGACUUGAACCAGGCUCGGUUCCAGAAGUCGCUUACCUUUGUGCAAGAAGUUCGCGACCGGUUUCAGACUAGUGAACCGGCGAAGUAUACCACUUUUCUCAGCGUGUUGCAGGAGACGAGUGUGACGCCCAUGGAAUCAGAACAAAAGUGGCAGGCUACUAGGGCGGAAAAGCAGGCUGAGGCUCGCAUGAAGCUGGAAGAGCUGUUCAGAGGUCACGAAGACCUAUUAGAAAAGCUGGAUGCAUUUCUCCCACCGCCAAGCACGCCAGCAGAAGAUCAGUAAAUUCCUA